AUGAGUGAGUUCAUGCAAAACACAUUUUUAAUCAUUCUAAAUGUUGAGUUUGUAAUUGGAAAUUUAGGAAAUGGCUUCAUAACACUGGUGAACUUCAUGGUCUGGGUAAGGGGAAGAAAUAUUUCCUUACUUGAUCAAAUCCUCACUAUGUUGGCGAUCUCCAGAAUUGUUCUGCUCUAGUCAGCAGACAUAUACAUAUUGCCUAUGUUUUACCGAAGUUUGUUGACUGAUGCAAUGAUGAAAAUAAUUAGUAUUAUCUGGACAGUUACUAGGUGUUUUAAUAUCUGGCUCACAACGUGCCUCAACAUCUUUUAUUUUUUCAAAAUAGCAAAUUUUUCUAAACCUAUUUAUUUUAUUCUUAAGUGGAGAGUUAAAGAGGUAGUUUCAUUGACAUUUUUAGUGUCACUGGUCUUCUUGCCUUUACACAUUAUACUAACCCACAUAUUAAUAAACUCUAUAUUCACAUUCAUACCAUUUACUGUGUUCCUGACAAUUUUCUUCUUGCUUAUCUUCUCCUUCAGGAAACAUCUGAAGAGGGUGCGGCACCAUGCCAGAGAAUUCAGAGAUGUCAGCACCACGGCCCACAUGAAAGCUUUGCAAAUUAUAGUUGCCUUCAUCCUUCUGUAUAUCAUUGUAAUAAUUUCUUUUGUUGUAAAAAUUUUGAACUAUGAAUUGCUGGAAAAAGUUAUAUUUUUAUUUUGCCUAGUUUCUAUUUUUACUUUUUCUUUAGGACAUUCAUUUGUUGUGAUUUUAGGAAACAAAAAGCUGAGACAAGCCUCUUUUUCCUUACUUGGAUGGCUGAGGUGCUGGUCCAAAAAUGUGGAAUCUUCAAUUUCCCAAUAA